AUGAAUUUGGAAAAAUUCCAGCAGUGGAAACUGGUUUUAAAGGACGACGUGAAAGGAAAAGAGGAUUCUUAUAUUUAUAAUAGUGUAAGAAUUUGUGAUUCUCAUUUUGAAGCUUGUUACCGAUCUGCUAGUAGAAGACUUACUAGAAAUGCUGUACCAACUUUGAAUUUGCCUGUAACUCCUCUUGCAGUCUCAUAUCCAAUGGAGACUGAAAUGGAUGUUGAGAUGGAGGUGCCUUGCAGUCAACAGGCAGAAUUAAACAAAGUUCAAAUACAAUCUAAAGUUAAUCUAUUUUCAAGCGAAUCAGCAAAACGAAGACUAAGACCUAAAGUUAACACACAGAGACAAUCAAAAGAACUUAGAGCGUUUAAAGCUCAAAUUUUAAAAUUAAAAAUUAAAUGCAAAUCAUUGACCGAAAGAGUUAAUCAGGCCAGAAAACUUUCACAAAGUGAAGCAUUUCAAAAAACUGUAGAAAAACUUCCAGAACCAGCUGCUAUUUUUGUUAAUAUGCAGCUUAAAAAGAGUUGUAAGAAGCCUAGAGGCAGGAGAUUUACUAUGAAGGAGAAAAUCUUAUGUUUGACAAUUUAUAAGCAAAGUCAAAAGGCUUAUAGUUUCUUACAAAAGACUUUUGGUUUGCCCUCAAAAAGAACGAUGCAAAAAGUGUUAAGCAGCAUCUCUUUGACCCCAGGCAUAAACGACACUAUGCUAAAACACUUAGCAAAAACAGUUCGCAAGUUGCCCGAGGAGAAAAAGCUGUGCACUUUGAUUUUUGAUGAGGUGGCAUUGACACCUGGACUUUAUUUUCAAAAUCAUUUAGAUGAGAUUGGCGGAUUUGAAGAUUUUGGAGCUCAUAGAACCUCAAAAAUUGCCGAUCACGCAUUAGUCUUCAUGCUAAAAAGUAUUAAGGGCAAGUAUAAACAACCGAUAUGCUUUACAUUCUGUCAGAGCGCAACCAAUAGUGUUGAUUUAAAAAUGCUUAUAAAAAAUAUAAUAGAACAGGUUAAUAGUAUUGGCCUAAAAAUUAUAGCGACUGUUUGUGACCAAUCACCGACUAAUAUGAAGGUGAUCAAAAAUCUCGUCACGGAAACAAAAGAAAAAUACCUGCGGAAUGGGACUGAAUAUAGAAGCAUGGCAUUUGAAGUUAACAAUAGUAAAAUAUUUCCAAUCUUUGAUCCGCCACAUCUUCUCAAAGGAUUGAGAAAUAAUUUGAUGACAAAAAAAUUAAAAUUUGUACAAAAUGGAGAAACAAAGUUUGCAAAAUGGGAACAUUUACAAAUGUUAUUGGAUAUCGAUGCGGGUGAACAUGAUAUUCGAUUGGUAAAUAAACUAACUGAGUCACAUGUUAACAAGGAAAAAGUACCGAAAAUGAAAGUAAAACACGCGGCUCAAGUGUUUAGUCAACGAGUAUCUGCAGCUUUACGGUUUUUAGCAAUUGGUGCACUAAUGUUAACAGGCUGCUGA